AUGGCAUGGCGGUACAAUAGCAAUAGCCCUCCGAGGGGAAACGUAAGUGCGAACGCCUCACUUGUGUCACUCUCUUCAGCUAAUAACAACAAUAGAAACUUCACCGACAGUGCGGAUGAUAACGCGGACACAUCGGCCUUGGGAAAUAACAAUACAUUUAGAAGGGACCGAAGUGCCAUGGAUGGAGCAGGGGCAUUUCUGCGGAGUAACGCCAAAGGCAAAAUGUGGUCAAGGCAGGAAGGUCGGGAUGAGACACCAGAUGAUGACGUGUCGAGCCGAGACGGUACAUCGCCUUGCUCCAUUUCCUUUGCGCGACCCAAAUUAGCCCCCACCGAGAGCACAACGAGACCCCAUCGCUCGCUUAUUUUCAGCAGGAAUCCCAAUCGAGGCGUGAGUGGUGCUGCAACGAGAAGUGGAAUGGGUAGCAUGAGUAGGUUAAGUGUUGACUCGGCUUUAAACACGCCACAUCGCGUUGCAAGUACUCGGUGCGUGGAAGGGAGGGUUACGUCGAGUAGCAUUGCAAACUGGAGGCUUCCUCGACAUUCGGGUUCUCCUCCCAUCAACACCGGUGAAUGCAAUGGGGAAAUGACUAUCAUUAGUGAAAGUGGGGAUUUCGAUGAAGAUGCUACCGGGGGAGACCCAUUAUUAGGUUGUGCGGAUCGCAAUCUCCACCGUGCAACAGAAGCCUUACUGGCAGAGGCGGAUCCUGACCUCCGCGCAACUGAUUUCACUCCUACGAAGCACGUACUACAAAUUGUUGUGAAGGAGGAUGGAACGGAGUGCUCCGGUGCGCAAAUAGAUGAGCGGAUCGCACCUCUGUGUGGAUUACAAAAUCGACUGGACGAUAUGCUGGGGUUGCACAUUCAGUCGCACAAGGAUGUGUUCAAUAAGGCUAUUGGCCGAUUUUCUGAUAUCGUAUUGGCAGUUUCGGAUAGUAACGAAGUGCUUGGGUUAUUGAAGCAGAGACUAGGCAUGGCGACAAGUUCCCUCGAGAACCGCGCCGAGCAGUUGCAAGUUCUUCGCAUGCGCGCAGCGAAGGCACUUCUUAUGGAGGAGUCACUAAAGCGCAUGGAGGCCGCACUCGCUUCUGAGAGGGAGAUAAAACAACUCGUGGCGUCACGCCAUUACCUUGCUGCGGUGCGGUUGCUGCGUCAGCAAAAGGCAAGGUUGGAGUCACCCGACAUGGUGAACAUACGCGCCACACAGAGUAUGCGGGAUUUUGCCAAUCACACGCUCGAAACAUUGCACAAGAAUGUUUUAGAUGGUUUGAUGGGGUGCGUGUUUGACAAGGACCGCUUUAGCGAAGCAGACAAGCAGCUAAUGGGCCGCAUGGUGGCAGACGGAGCGCUAGAAAAUGUCGCAGGGACUCUUAGUUUUAUGGGUGAUACAUGUGGGGCCCUGUCCUCGCAGUGUUUCACUGGCGGUGGCGGCAAGAAUGGCGAUAGUGACUUUGUUUCCCUAGACGGUAUUGUAGACGAUCCGUGCGAUGAGGGUAUGGUGAAAAACCACUUGCAUUUCAUUCCGUUGUGUGUUAAGACGCUGAAGGAGCUUGGGAAACUCGAUCAGUGUUGCGAGGCUUUUCGUUCUGGUGCCACGCGUAGUAUUGAGCAAUGCGUGGCAAAUUUUCUUUCACUUUACGACACAUGGAGGCGAGACGCUGAGUCAUCAAAAUGUGUUGGCAACAAUGACGAUAUGGGCUCCACCGUUCGGAUUUUAGAACUUCAAGGACGAGAUGUUGCGUCGUGUACUGUUUCACAUGAUGAAGCGGUCGCCCUUAUUCAACAGCGGGACCUCUGCCCCUUACUCAACGCUCUUUUUACGGAACUUGAGAGGGUCGUGCGUAAUGCAGACUACCUUGUUAGGGUCGUACUCUUGGCCUAUUUUCCGUUCCUUACCGACGUACCGCCACGAUCUGAGGUUUUUGACGAUAACUUUUCUUGUCAUGAGUGGGACGUCACUCAAUCGCCGCUGCGCACAAAGAAUGAACUGCGUGAUAUAGUAGUACGUACCCUUGCUGAAGCCAUUUCACGGCAUAGUGAGGAUUCAGUUAGCAGCGAAACCCCAGAGAGCCGGAGGUUAGCGGCUCUAAAGCGACUUAUGGCCAAGUUUGACGUCGACAAGGCGCUGAAGGGUUCAUCAUCGCACGACGCACCAACGUCAAAAAAAGGCUCUCUAAGGCAAGGAAGUGUAGAUGAUGGAUCCAUCAGGUGUGAGAGUAACAAUGCCGUUUGCUUGGGCGACGUGCUGACUUCACUAAAUGCGGCAGCCUUCUUGGCCGUGGAGGAAUUUCCAGAUGGCAGUGAAGAAGUGCCAGCGUGUUGUGAGCGUCUGAGCAAGGCCAUAAGCAGUGCAGUGCAAGACUCAUUUCGUUCGUAUAUGAGGGAAAUCUACCUCGAUUGGGACUUGUGUGCCUUAUCAUCCCAACUAAGUUAUACUGUUGAGCUCGUCUUCAAACUUAUUUGUUCCAAUGAUGCGGCCACCAGCAGUAAGAGCGACGCGACCGCCGUGAAUUUAUCUAAACAAAACCUGAAGCAUCGGAGGACAACCUCCCGCAGCUGGUGGCAAAUUGAUAGCAUUGGCGGCAGUCACACUAACGAAACAUUUACCUCUCUAGACAAAAUGCUAUCAUCUCAUGGCUCCUCGGGCCUGCUUUCUGCAAUAGAGCAAAUUGGUGGCGUGUCCUUCAGCAUCGUCUCCACGGUAAAUGCCUCUUCAGUUGAGCAAGUUCGUGCAAAAGACAAGAAACAUUUGCACUCAGGGGCUGGUACGAGGAUUAUUUCAUCAUUUGGCGAGGUGCAGGGAGCUGCCGCACCUCUCAAGUCGGCAGCGAGACUACGAAAUUGGUUCAUGUUUACACCAAUGAAUAUUUUGGCGUGCUAUGACUGUACGGGUCACUUUUUCAAGCGGUGGAAGUCCUACAAACUCUAUUUUGCUACUGUUCCUGUCGUUGAGAUGACAAAUUUUUUCCAGGAUUUUUUAGAACGAACGUAUUCACCGUGCCUUCGUGCCUUUCACAUGAUGCAACUGGGGAAGUUCUUAGCAGAAAUGCCAGAACCACAAGGCGUGCAUGAUGGAACAGAAUCAAUGGGAGGCCCAGGGGAUGCAGGCGGAACUAGGGCGAAUUCGUCUUUUGCAACGUCUACAAGACAAUAUAUGCACCACUUGAAGACUCAGCAAGAGUAUAUGAGGUGGCCAACAGUUACUCCCGGAGACAACGGUUGUAAUGGUAAUGCGAUUCAUCCCGUGCUGACGUGUGUGCACUAUGUGGGUCAGGUGGUGCAGAAGUUGUCACGCAUCUGCCGUGUACUACCCAGUGUAUUAGUGGAUAAGAUACAGCAGUUUCUUGUACAACCUUUAUUGAUUGAACUCAAUUCGUUUCUGAAAAGGAAAGUGCAACUCAUUACGCGCGGUUCCUUAUCUCACUGCCUGCUAAACUCUGAUUUUGACGACGCUUUCCAUGGCACCCACACAGCUCGUUGGGAUGCGCUCUGUGAUGAAACGAGGCGGGGGGAUUCGUACGAAGCGAUUGAUAUGGGUCUCUUCCGGUUCUAUCGGUACAUCAACGCGAGGCGCACACGUGCCGGUGCGGACGGUGACGUUGAAGUUGUUGUGCCAGAGGAAAUGCAGGAACUUUUUAACCAUGUGAGGGUCAAAAGGGAGAAACAACAUGAGAGGAGUGAGAGGAGGAAUGAGGUUUUUCGCAGUAACGGAAGUCUCGUCAGUCCGAUUUCUCCUAGAGGAGCAGCAAAUGGGAUACAGUGCGAAGAUGUGACCGCUGCAGAUUUGGCGCUGCAGGGUGACGGCAUUGUUGUGGCGCUUGCACUUUUUUGUCACUCCACAGAAUGGCUAUGCGGGCUGCUACUUCGUGCUUUCGGGCCAGAGGGUUGGUGUCAGCACAGUGAUGGAGAUAAGUUAGUACCUGGUGCUGCGUUUCGGGAGCGCCGGCGACCACCACGCAAGGGUGUAACGCCAAUGCAAGAGGGUACGGAAGGUUGGCAGCACCUCGGGAAUUUUGUGGAUCAGCUGUAUACAAUUUCGCAGGCGUGUUUGUUUCAUUUGCUCGUGGAGGCCCGAUUUACUGCCUUUCAGUUUAUUCCACAGUUGAGUGAGCAUUCGUACAACAUCGUGGCUGGUGCAGGGACUCCCGAUACCUUUGUUCAAGCAUACAAUAGGCGGAUGACGAACUUUUUUGCUCUACUCAAACCCUAUCUCCCUUCAAAGAGGGUGAAAUUUGUGUGUCUAACUGUGGCAAAGCCGCUGAGCGAUCUCUUCAUGUUGGAGAUUAGUCAACUGAGAGACAAGGUUAUCUCAACCACUGGCGUUUCCCGUCUGCAAGUGAACCUGCUCGCGAUGGAGGCUGCCCUGCAGUUAGUACUUCCCACAGAUGAUGACGUUCGCGAAUCCGUAAAGUUUCAUUUUGCGCGGCCAGCCACAUUUGUGCGUUACCUUUCAAAUGGGGAUGUGACGGAUGACCUCAUAGCCAGUGGCGAUUACAAGAUAUUUGAGGUACGAGAGAUGGAGGAGCUUGUGCGGCUUGUUUUGAAAGGUGAUGCGACUGCUAGCAGCGUGGCUGAAAAGAUAAAAUUAUUACAUGCUGGACUGGAGCGGGAACAGUAUGAUAUGAUUUCACCACUCACGACUUCUCCCGCCAUUACGCCGAAUAGAAAGUUGCCCCCGGUCGCCAGGGGUUCAUCAACAGGGUGUAAAGGUCACUUUCCCGUAUCAGGCUCAGACGCUGCCGCGCAUGAGGAACCGGGGGAGUUGGAUAACGCAAAAUCCCCGUCAUCGCCACAACGAAGAUCUGCUAACAAUAAGGGCACGUUGAAGCAUGUCGACCCCAACUCUGGUGGUAUAAUAGAUCCCAGUUUAGUAAACUCUGAUCUCAAGAUGCCAAGCUCUCCAGGCGACGCAAGGGAAGUGACGGAAUCGCACAGUAGCGGGUCGGAAGAGGGGGAUGAAGAAGAGGAAUAUGAAGAGGAAUACGAAGAAUAUGAAGAGAGCGAUGAGUAUGAAGAGUCGGAUGAUGCCGAUAAUGACGAUGAUGAUAGUAGUUUGUAA